CGUAUGUACUGGAGCCUCCUGUCGUAAGCAGCCGCGCCGUCCACAUAGCACGAGGUAGCCCAACUUUACCACCACGAACCCUCACUUCUUCGAAUCAUCAACACUACAUCAUUCAAUCUCUCAAUAUGGCUGACCUUCCUAUAGUUCUCGACGGAGGAACCGGUUUCCUCAAAGUUGGAUAUGCUGGACAGAACUUCCCCGAACACCAAUACCCUUCCAUCGUCGGACGUCCGAUACUGCGUGCGGAGGAGAGAUCAGGGGAUGUGGUCAUCAAAGACAUUAUGGUUGGAGAUGAAGCUUCCGCUCUCCGCUCGAUGCUGCAAAUCACCUACCCCAUGGACAACGGCAUCAUCAAGCGCUGGGACGACAUGCAGCACGUUUGGGACUACACCUUCUCGGAGAAGCUCCAGAUCGAUCCCACCGGGCGCAAGAUCCUGCUCACGGAACCGCCGAUGAACCCGCUGUCCAACCGGGAGAAGAUGUGCGAGGUCAUGUUUGAACGCUACAACUUUGGCGGUGUCUACGUUGCCAUCCAGGCAGUUCUCGCACUCUACGCCCAGGGGUUGUCUUCGGGUGUCGUUGUCGAUUCGGGAGACGGAGUCACGCAUAUCGUUCCUGUCUAUGAGAGCGUGGUGCUGAACCAUCUUACUCGCCGCCUCAACGUUGCGGGACGCGAUGUCACUCGUCAGCUGAUUGCACUUCUCCUGCGGCGCGGAUAUGCCCUCAACCGUACGGCAGACUUCGAGACCGCUCGUGCGAUCAAGGAGAAGCUGUGCUACGUCUCCUACGACCUGGAGCUCGACCACAAGCUUUCGGAGGAGACGACUGUCCUGGUGGAGAGUUAUACCCUUCCCGAUGGCCGCACCAUCCGUGUUGGAAGCGAGCGUUUCGAAGCACCAGAGUGCAUGUUCCAGCCGCACUUGGUCGACGUCGAGCAGUCUGGUAUCGCCGAGAUGUUGUUCGAGACCAUCCAGUCCGCCGACGUCGACAUCAGGACCAGUCUUUAUAGAGCUGUCGUGUUGUCCGGCGGAAGCAGCAUGUAUCCCGGCCUGCCGAGCAGACUCGAGAAGGAGCUCAAGCAGCUCUGGCUGACGCGUGUCCUGCACGGGGAUCCUACCCGGUUGAACAAAUUCAAGGUCAGGAUCGAGGAUCCCCCCAGACGGCGCCACAUGGUCUUCCUGGGAGGUGCCGUGCUGGCCAACAUCAUGGCCGACAAGGAGGACAUGUGGAUCUCCAAAGCAGAGUGGGACGAGCAGGGCACGCGGGCUCUGACAAAGCUGGGACCGCGAUAGAGGGUAUCCCGAGAGGAGUGGAUAGCGCGCUUCCUUUGUAUAUCUUGCGUACUAGCAUUGCGUGUGUUGUUGUUGUUUGGGUUCUUUGGGGGUCGAAAAGAGAGGUAGUGAUAUCAUUAUUCACGUUCAACUGGUAUAGGCACUUGACCAGCUCACUUCUUCGUGGGGGUUGGGGAAGUGGUCGCAUUUUUGUUUCCCACCGCGUUUGUUUCAUCCGCUAUCUAUCUGACGAACUGCCGUGCACAUACGCCAUGUGCGGGCCCUUUUGCGUCGUCACGCAGAAUUCUUCAUAUCUACGCCCGCACCCGUGAUGCC